UCAAUGAUACAAGCUAAAAGAAAAUGGAAGGCGUGACUGAAACAAGCCCAUCGUGUGUCCAUAUACACCUAGAAAGAAAAUCUAACAACAGUGUGAAACUCUCGACGUCUUUGAAGGCAAAUUUAAAAAAGAAAUGUGUCUGUUCCGGCAAGAAGGCCAAGAAGGCAUUUACAGGCUUUUUUCCUGUCAUUCGAUGGCUUCCAAAGUAUGACUUUAAAGAAAAUACAUGGGGAGACGUCAUGUCAGGUCUUAUUAUUGGUAUUAUAUUAGUGCCCCAAGCUAUAGCAUAUUCCCUUCUAGCAGGUCUGAAACCCAUUUACAGCUUGUACACAUCCUUUUUUGCCAACAUUAUAUAUUUCGUAAUGGGGACCUCUCGCCAUGUGUCCGUGGGCAUUUUCAGUUUGCUAAGUCUAAUGGUCGGGCAAGUUGUGGAUAGGGAGGUUCUGUUGGCAGGGUUUGACCUGGAUGAUGAUGUUAUCAAAGUUGCAAACUCCAGUGAAUUCAUGAAUGUAACAACAACAAUCAACAUUAGUUUGGGCCUGGUGGAUAUUGAAUGUGGAAAAGAAUGCUACGCAAUCAGCAUUGCAGCUGCACUGACAUUUACUGCAGGCAUAUACCAGAUCCUCAUGGCCAUAUUUCGUUUGGGAUUUCUAUCUAUAUAUUUGUCCGAGGCAAUGCUAGAUGGAUUUGCUACUGGUGCAUCAUUGACAAUUUUAACAGCCCAAGUGAAAUAUCUUAUUGGAGUAAAAAUCCCCCGGAGUCCAGCAACAGGAAUGCUGAUUAUAACUUGGGUUAAUUUAUUUAAAAAUAUUCAUACUACCAAUGUAUGUGAUGUGAUAACAAGUGCCAUAUGUAUAGCAGUGUUAGUCGCAGCCAAGGAGCUUGGAGAUCGCUACAAAGACAAAAUUAAGAUCCCUCUUCCAACAGAACUGGUUGUCAUUGUAGUGGCAACACUUGUAUCACACUUCUGUAACCUAAAUGAACUAUAUGGUUCCAGUGUCUCCGGAGUAAUCCCAACAGGAUUCAUACCACCUAAAGUGCCUGAUUUCGGGCUAAUCGGUAAAAUUGCGGUGGAUGCUAUACCUCUUGCAGUUGUGAGUUUUGCAUUCACUAUUUCUUUGUCAGAAAUGUUUGCCAAAAAAUAUGCCUACAACGUGAAAGCCAACCAGGAGAUGUUUGCCAUUGGAUUCUGCAACAUAAUUCCAUCAUUUUUUCACUGUUUCGCUACCAGUGCUGCUCUUGCCAAGACUCUUGUGAAAACCUCGACAGGGUGUAAAACACAGGUUUCAAGUGUUGUUAGUGCUGUUGUGGUUCUGCUGGUUUUGCUGUUCUUUGCCCCAUUAUUUUACUCACUGCAAAAAUGUGUUUUGGCCUGUAUAAUUAUUGUCAGUUUACGAGGAGCUCUUCGGAAAUUUAAAGAUUUGCCAGCUCAAUGGCGCUUGAACAAAACAGAUGCAAUUAUUUGGAGCGUUACUGUAGCUGCAUCUGCACUGGUCAGUACAGAAAUUGGUCUCAUAGUAGGAGUGGUCUUUUCUAUGGUAAGCAUUAUUGUACGCACUCAGAUACCCAACACGACCAUGCUUAGCCAGAUUCAGAACUCAGUCUUUUAUGAGGAUGGAGACAAAUAUGAAAAUCUUUUACCCAUUCCCAAAAUCAAGAUAUUCCGAUUUGAAGCUCCUCUUUAUUAUGCAAAUAAAGUCUACUUUCUACAGUCCUUAUACAAAAAAGUUGGCAUGGAUCCAGGCCUAGAAAUAAUACGGCGGAAAAAAUUGGAGAAGAAAGUAAAAAAGCAGGUAAAGAGAAAGCAAGCAGAUGAUAUGAAAAACACAGAUAACAACGAUCUGCAUAUACAGCUUGUGAAUAACAAAAGUGACUUGCAGACAGUUAUUCUUGAUUGCUCCUCAAUAGCCUUUCUAGAUACAACUGGUAUCAAUACACUAAAUGCAUUAUUGAAAGAUUACAAGGAAGUACAUAUUAGCGUUCUCUUGGCUUGUUGUAAUACUGCUGUCAUUGAUGCUCUUAGUAGAGGGGGCUACUUUGGAAAACAAAACAAGGAUAUUCAUAAGAUGCUCUUUUAUAAUGUACAUGAUGCUGUUGAGUUUGCAAGAGAGAAAGAGCUAGCCAUAACAGACUCAACUGUUUAG